AUGUCUUCCGCCGGCGACGCCUACAAGCAUGCCCUCGAAGGGAACAAGAAAUGGGCUACGCAAUGCUGCGAACAGACGCCCGAGUUCUUCCCCAAGUGUGCCAAAGGCCAGGCGCCGCCCAUCCUUUGGCUAGGAUGUGCCGACUCUCGAGUCCCCGAAACGACUGUACUGGGCUGCAAGCCCGGUGAUAUCUUCACGCACCGCAACAUCGCCAACAUCAUCAAUCCAACCGACAUCAGCCUGCUUUCGAUCGUGCAAUUUGCCGUCUUUCACUUGAAGGUCAAGCACAUCGUCGUGUGCGGACACACAUCUUGCGGUGGAAUAGCUGCCUCGCUGGCCAAUGCCAAGCUGGACGUUCUGGACAUCUGGUUGCAGCCCAUCCGGCAGCUCAGAGAGCAGUACUCUGAUGAGCUUGCGUCCAUGGACGAGAAAGACCGCGGUACUUUCUUGGCGAAAAAGAAUGUGCAGGCGGGUGUGGAAAAUCUCAAACGGAUCCCAACCGUCAUCGACGCCAUGCGUGAGCGAGGCGUGGAGCUUCACGCUGUUAUAUACGAUCUGGCCACGGGUUUGUUGGAGGAGGUGCCAGACGAGGAGGACGAGAAGAAGGCCGCUCACCGCGUCUGCGCAUUCGAAAGAAAGUAG